AUGCCAUGGAAGCAGUUCGAAGAUCCAGAUCGGUUGGCUUACUGGCUUCUGGACUCAAAGCGCCCGGUUCGCCUAAUCCGCGACGAAAUAGUGCCGGUUAUGGCGGACUGGAUGGUCCAGAUCUGCCCUGCAACGGCCUUCGCCGGUGUCGAACCGGUUUUGGCAGCAGCCUCAGCACGGUGGCCGGCCUGUCUACAGACUUUGGAAACUCCUCCCUCCCUGACCACUAUCGCCUACUCCUGCUAUCCACACCCAUACAUCGACCGUUCUCGGCAAGGUAGGUGCAAAAUAAGAAACAAGGCUUGCGUUUAUUUCCAAUUUACUUGA